AUGAUUGACAUCUUGAAAAUCGGAGGCGAGCCGAUCUUUGACGAUCGUAUCGUCAAGAUUGAGACUCAUACGUACAAUCCAUACGCCAACACAACGCUUGGAUAUAAUGACGAGAUACCGAUACCGAUACAACAUCAGGAUUUGUACACGUUAUUAUGUGAAAGUUUUCUAUGCAUCGAGGGAAAGUUGACGGUGCAUAAAGUGGAUGAAGGCGGAAAGGUGGUAUUGGGAAACAAUUUUGUCGCGUUUAUGUUUGAUGAACUUCGAUAUGAACUCGACGGUGUGGAGAUUGACCGCAACAGAAACGUUGGAAUAACUUCCACAAUUAAAAACUAUGUCUCUCUAACAGCCGAGAAAGGUAAAACCUUGGAGAAUGCUGCGUGGAAUAUGUCGCAUAAUGCUGUUGAAUCUUACUUCAAUUUUUGCGUGCCGCUAAACAUACUAUUGGGUUUUUGCGAAGAUUAUAAGCUAAUUGUGAUUAACGCUCGUCACGAAUUAAUUCUGAUACGUUCGCGCAACGACAACAAUUGCAUAUUUGGACAUGCUUCGACUGAAGCUGAUAUCGAAUUAUUCAAGAUACAAUAG